CGACGGCCGGAAGUACUAUUUGUUUAUUCCUGGGGUCGUCAUAUCAUGGCUGAAAAUGACACAGAUAGAAACCAGAUUGAGAAACUCCUACAAAGAGUACAAGAAUUGGAGCAGGAGGUGCAAAGACUUAAGAAAGAACAGGACAACAUUAAAGACUCAACUAUUAAAGAAGAUUCUUCAGGAUCUGGAAAAGCUAAGCGUGCAUUUGACUUCAGUGCUCAUGGCAAAAGACAUGUGGCCCUAAGAAUAGCUUAUUUGGGCUGGGGAUACCAGGGCUUUGCUAGUCAGGAAAACACAAACAAUACCAUUGAAGAGAAAUUAUUUGAGGCUUUAACCAAGACUCGACUAGUAGAAAGCAGACAGACUUCCAACUAUCACCGGUGUGGGCGAACAGACAAAGGAGUUAGUGCCUUUGGACAGGUGAUUUCUCUUGACCUACGUUCUCGGUUUCUAAGGGCCAGUGAUUCAGAGGACCUUAAUUUAAAAGAUGAAGCCAAUGAUGCUGCGAAAGAGAUCCAUUACACCCACAUUCUCAAUCGGGUGCUUCCUCCAGACAUCCGUGUACUGGCCUGGGCCCCUGUGGAACCUAGUUUCAGUGCCAGGUUUAGCUGUCUUGAGCGGACUUACCGCUAUUUUUUCCCUCGUGCUGAUUUAGAUAUUUUAACAAUGAAUUUCGCAGCUCAGAAGUAUGUUGGCACCCAUGAUUUCAGGAAUUUGUGUAAAAUGGAUGUAGCCAAUGGAGUUAUUAAUUUUCAGAGGACGAUUCUGUCUGCUCAAGUACAGCUAGUAAGCCAAAGUAUGGGUGAGGAGAGAUGGCAAGAACCUUUCCAGUUAUGUCAAUUUGAAGUGAUUGGCCAGGCAUUCCUUUAUCAUCAAGUCCGCUGUAUGAUGGCUAUCCUUUUUCUGAUUGGCCAAGGAUUGGAGAAGCCAGAGAUUAUUGAUGAAUUGCUGAACAUAGAGAGAAAUCCCCAGAAACCUCAAUAUAGUAUGGCUGUAGAAUUUCCUCUAGUCUUAUACGACUGUAAGUUUGAAAAUAUCACGUGGAUCUAUGAUCAGGAGGUUCAGGAGUACAAUGUUACUCACCUGCAACAACUGUGGGCUAAUCAUGCUGUGAAAACUCAGAUAUUAUAUAGUAUGCUACAAGGACUGGACUCUGUUGUAUUACCCUAUGGGAUGGGACCAAAGAUGGAUGGAGCAAUAGAGUGGAGAAACAUUAAGCCCUCUAUCAUAAAGCAGACCAGUGCCUUUGUAGAAGGAGUGAAAAUGCGCACAUAUAGACCCCUCAUGGACCGUCCUAAAUGCCAAGGUUUGGAAUCCCGGAUCCAGCAUUUUGUACGCAGAGGACGCAUUGAACACCCACAUUUAUUCCAUAAAGAAACAAAAGCCAAAAGGGACUGUAAUGACACACUAGAGGAAGAGACUACUGUUUUAGAGAAACCAACCAAAAGGGUCUGUGUAGAUGCAGAAAUUAAAAGCAUCAUUUAAUCAUAGAUAACUUGCUAGGACCUAGGAAGCGACAACCAGCUAGUGGUAGGCAGUAGAAAUGAAAUUUAAAGGAAAAAAAAAAAAUUCAAGAAGUCUUAGUAGUUCUGAUUAUCAGCUUUUUUAGGGGUAGGGGGCGAAAAAAAGAAAGGAAGUUCUGGCUUAAACAGGAAAAAGUUCAGAGGCUAUCAUCCCUGUCCAAAAGGAUUAAGAGAUGAAAGAAGCAAAACUCAUUUGUAGCUAGGCAUGGUGGCACAUACUUGUACACCCAGGAGGAGGCUGAGGCAGAAGGACUGCAAGUUUGAGGCCAGC